CAUCCGUGUCUAUUAGCCAGUAACGUGAACGAUGACAAUCAAAUGGGAAGUGGAAGUUGAAAAGCGACUCCUUGAGUACAUGAGCCACUCGUCCACUACGGGAAAUGAAGCUGCAUUUGCUGAUGUUGUUGCAAAAGAUCUUGAAGAGAACGGAUGGACAGUGUAUAAACAGAGCAUUCCCAAUUCAGACCGGUACAACAUUUAUGCAACAUUUCGGAAUUCUGACCCAAAACAUGUCAAAGUGCUACUAAACACUCACUUGGACACAGUUCCUCCGUACUUUCCACCAACCCAGGACGAACAGAACAUUUAUGGAAACGGGUCGAACGAUGCUAAAGGACAAUUGGCUGCGAUGGUCACGGCUGCCACUAUUAUUUCAAAGACAGAUGAGGAUGUGGCAAGGGCAUUGGGAUUACUUUUUGUGGUUGGCGAAGAAUUCGACCAUAUUGGAAUGAUUGAAGCAAACAAGUUAGAAAUCCUACCUGAAUAUCUUUUGGUUGGUGAGCCAACGGAGUUGAAGUUCGGGACAAUUCAAAAGGGAGCUCUGAAAGUGAAAUUGACCGUCACUGGCCAAGCAGGACAUUCGGGCUACCCUAACUCCGGUUCAAGUGCUAUUCACAAAAUGAUAGAAGUUCUUCAUGAUGUGCAACUUGCUAAAUGGCCAUGCGACGCAACCAACGGAGCUACCACGUAUAACAUUGGGAAAAUCUCUGGUGGUCAAGCUUUGAACGCAUGGGCGGCAAACUGUGAAGCAGACAUUUUCUUCCGUGUAGUAACUUCUGUGAAGGAUAUUCAAAAUCAGCUUUUAGCAUUGGUCAAUGGUCGUGCAGAAGUGAGCCUGCUCAGCUUUAAUGACCCAGUUAUUCUCGACGUUCCUCCAAUUGAAGCAGAGCUAGACCACGUUUCAUUUAACACAGAUAUUGCAUACUUUGACGCAAGAGAUAAGGUGAAAGCGAAGUAUCUUUUUGGUGGUGGCUCAAUCAAAAAUGCUCACUCCAAAAACGAAUUCAUCCCAAAGGAUGAGCUUCAUAAGUGCACCGCAACUCUUGUCAAACUAGUGAAUCAUUUGUAUUUGGAACAUUAUUAACUUUCGGAUAUGUUUGCAGAAGAAUAAAUGUAGUUUUUCAUUC